UUCAUGGCCACCAAACAACAUCCCGCCCGCCCCGGCUGCUGCGCAAACCAAACCAAACCCGAGAAAAACACUCGCGCGAUCGCCGGAAAUGCCUUGCCGCCCCUAGCGCCAGUGCGCAACUUGCUCCUGCUCCCGCUCCUGACCCCUGUCGGGUCUCACGCUCCCCAUUUGUUUACUCCCAGCCUCCGCACCGAAUCUUCUACUCUCCCUCCUCGCGCACCGGCCCGCUCACCCGCCUCCGCGCUUGCCGACAGGCCUUCUGCCGCUGCUAUGGCGAGUUCGCGGGCGGUUGCUACUUAACUGACGUCGGCGUCGGUCCGGGUCCUGCCGCCGGGCGUUGGCGCGGGGAGGCUCCGGGAGAUGGGGCGGCUGCGCCAAGGAGGGGGCGGGUGGGGCGGUGUCUGCGCCGUCCUCGCCGUCGGCUCGCUGGUCUCCGCCGUCGUCGUCCUUGGAGGCGGAGGUCAUCAGCAAUCUCAUGCACCUGCCUUUGGUCGUAAAGUUCUUCUAUCCAAAACAAGUGGCCAUCCAAAAGUCAACCUGGAUAAUAUACUUCAUCCAUCGCGAUUACAAGUUCCAACAUUACAAAGCUUAGGGCUAACUGUAAAAUUAUCAGCACCAACUAGUACAGAUGUGAACAAACAGUACGAUCAUUACGCACCGAGCCCAACAAUCAAACAUGAAGAUGAAGCCGUGUCAGCAUCCAAACAGGCAGUGCUGCCUACAAUGCAACCUAGUCUUUCACCUGAUCAUUUUUAUCAGCCACCGGAAAUAUCUCCAUCUAUACAGAGUGCAGGCCAACCUGCCCCUCCCUCACAAGUGGUUUCUCCUGCUACUCAAACAGGCAAUCAUCAUCUUCAAGAACAAAUGCCUGCAGCUUCGCCAUCUCCUCCAGUUGAACCGCAUGCGUCUCAUCCUAACAUUGCUGUGAAUACUCCGGCUGCCGCACCUUUUCUACCACAGCCACCCUGGUCAUCUCAACCGCCUCCACCUCCACCUUCCACUGGCAGUCAAUCAACACAGCCAGCUCCUUUACCCCGUAUAUAUGGCCAUUAAUAUGUUGCGACCUGUCAUUCAUAUGGCAAGCAGCUCCUUUGUCAUUCCAUACUCCUCCAACAGGCCAGGACACACUUAAAGU